AGAGAGAGAGAGAGAGAGAGAGAGAGAGAGCUGAAUAGUAGUAGUCAAUCAUAUGAUAUCCAUCAUUGGAGCAUUAACAGUGGCAAAAAGAGAAACAGAAAACAAAGAGGAACAUCACAAGAAUGAAGACUCUGUUCCUCAUGCUUGCUUUACUGUGUCUUUGCCGCAACUCAGUUGCUGUUGAUCUUCACCCAGUAGUACUAGUGCCAGGGAGGGGAGGCAACCAGUUAGAAGCUCGUCUGACACCAAAAUACAAAUCAUCAACUCUUAUUUGCAAGUUAUCAGCACUGUUUACCAAGGGCUCAUGGCUCAGGCUCUGGUUUAGCCCAAGUGUUAUCAUUUCUCCUUUUACACAGUGCUUCGUUGAGAGGAUGAUGCUCUACUAUGAUCCUGAACUUGAUGACUACCAUAAUGCUCCUGGAGUAGAGACAAGGGCUCCCCAUUUUGGCUCCACUGAAGGACUUAUGCAUCUUGACCCUCAUCUCAAGCACAUAACAGACUACAUGGCCACACUAGUGAACUCUUUGGAAGAAAUGGGAUAUGAAAGUGGGAAGAACUUAUUUGGUGCACCAUAUGACUUCCGGUAUGGUCUUGCGGCUGAAGGGCACCCUUGUCAUGUUGGCAACCAAUAUUUGCAGGACCUUAAAAAACUAAUAGAAUCAGCAUUUCGUUUCAAUGACAAGAAGCCAGUGAUCAUCAUCUCUCAUAGUCUUGGAGGUCUCUUUGUGCUCCAACUCCUCAACAGGAGUCCUUUGUCUUGGCGCCACAAAUACAUCAAACACUUCAUUGCAGUGUCAGUCCCAUGGGGUGGGACUGUCCUACAAAUGCUCACCUUCGCUUCUGGUUACACUCUGGGUGUCCCCAUUGUGGACCCUUUGUUAGUUAGAGGAGAACAAAGGAGCUCUGAGAGCAACUUAUGGCUCAUGCCUUCACCCAAAGUGUUUGACAGAAAACCUCUUGUGAUCACUGAGAAAAAGAGUUACAUGGCAUCAGAUAUACCUGAGUUUCUGAUGGACAUUGGAUUUGGGGAGGGUGUGUGUCCUUAUAAGACAAGGAUUGUGCCAUUGUAUUAUAGUUUGAAAGCUCCUGGAGUUCCGGUGACAUGCAUUGUUGGUACUGGAGUUGAGACACCGGAGAUGUUUGUUUAUGGGAAUGAAGGGUUUGAUGUGCAGCCUAGAAUUUUUUAUGGAGAUGGAGAUGGGAGUGUGAAUAUAGAGAGCUUGUUGGCACUUGAGUCUCUAUGGUCAGGCUUAGAAGGGCAGCACAUGUUGAAGGUGAUUAAUGUUUCUGGAGUUUCUCAUAUGUCACUUGUUAAGGAAAAGGUUGCUGUGAAUGAGAUAUUAGCUCAAGUUCAGAGCAUCAAUUCCCUCCUUUUGACCUCCUUUGCUUAGCUUGUGUUUGGAUAAUGACUAAGUAACGCCUCAUUUAUGUAUGAUUGCAAGUAUUUGGAGGUUCAGUGAAUAAAAUAAGGAAGAUGACCCAGAGUGAAAAUACUACUUUCCA